AAUAUAUUAACGGCGGGUAUUAUAAAGAUUAACUUCGGCCUAGGUAAGGAAAUCGUUACCCUAAGUAUAAUAAAAGUAAAGACGUAUUUCGGAAUAAUAACUUUUUAUAUUUUACCCGUUAAUACCCUAUUUUUCUUAUAUUUAAAAAAUAUAGAUCGACUAGGUAUUAUAUUUAAUAAUACGAGGAAUAGAAUCUCUAAUAAUAAGUAUUUUAAAAUAGUUAAACGAUAUUAG